UCUCUAACAUGUGUAAUGGAAAAUUCUAAAGUCGUCAUUUGCUUGAUUUUAGUUUCUUUUUUCAGAAUCUGCAAUUGUCAGUUGUCAUCAGACGGACAAUGCAUCCGAAACAAAAGUACGUCUUCUAAUGGAGUGAGCAUUGCCGUCAAAACAAUUUUCUGUUGCCGCAACUUUGAACCCAUAGGAACAAAUAACACAUGCAAAGGGUGUGAGUUAGGAUUUACAUCCGAUGGCUUAAAAUGUGAACCUUGUCCUAGGGGCAAAUAUGGUGCAAAAUGUGGAGGGUCAUGUUCCUGUAACGAUAGUGAAAGGUGUCAUCAUAAAACAGGUUGCGUCCCUAAUAAAAAAGGAAAACUUGUGUUUGGAAGUAGUACUACUUUGACUACCGUUCACAAUUUGGCAAACGACGGCAAGUUUUAAUACAAUAUUACUUUAGUAACAUGACAAUAGCAAAAUUAAUAUCUUUUAAAAGUUUUAAUAUUAAAAAAACUAAAUAUCUACAUGGCAUUUGUACCAGUAACAGACAGGUCUUUUUAUAGUUACAUG